ACAAUAUCAAACCAACAAUAACCACUCGUUCCCAUAUUUUUCUCCGGCUUCAGUUGAUUUACCUACAAAUUUUGAGUCUGUUUUUUUUUUUUGGUGCCCGAAGUUCCUCUAUCCUCCAAUAACAAUGUGUGGCGGUUGGGCCUGUGCCUCCUAUGGCAUUGCCUGCAACAAUCAUCGUUUGUCCAAUAUGCGCUAUACUGGCCGCUGUUUUGCACCGACGCCGUGCGGCCCUUGCGAUAGUUGUUCCGCCUGCUGUGGCGGUGGCAGUUGUUGCGGCGGUUGUGGUUGGUAGUGUAAACAUUAAAACAUAGAACAAACAACUGACUGAAGCCUGACAAUAAUGAAUUCGAACAGUUGGCAUAGAAAUUUUGACUAGCAAUAGAAUAAUAAAUGCUUAAAUAGAAAUAUACAAGUUUAGUCGCUGUCUGUCAGCCAACGUACCACAGCAAAAUUUUACAGUUUCACGACGAGAUGUGCGGCGGCUGGGCUUGUGCCUCCUAUAGUCUGGCAUGCAAUAAUCCACAGCUUUCCACACUGCGCUUCACGGGACGUGAUUUCAUACCUACGCCGUGUGGACCCCAUGAUAAGUGUUUCGCCAAGGAUACAAGCUGCACCCGUGGCAAUUGUAACCGACCGCAAGGUAUCUCAGUCGAAAUGAAUCCUUGCCUGGAUCUAACCAAAACUGAAAAUCGCGAAGAGGGAUCACAUUCACCCAACCAGGCGAAAGAAAAUUGGAAAACAGCAUUUGAGAAAGUCCUACGUAGUCCGGCAGCCAACUCGAAAUAAUCGCUUAACUGUUUGAAUUAUGAGAUCUUUACAAAUAUAAAAUGAACAGUUAGGAAAAAUUCCUCAUGAGUUAUCCAA